AGCUCACCGCAGAAAUGGCGCCGAUGCGAGCUCUCCUGUUGGUGGCUCUGCUGGUGCUCGUCGCAGCACCUCACGGUGAAGCCGGCAGACGCGGCGGUCACGGCAGGAGCCGGCGCAUCGGUGGCCAUGGCGGCGGGUCCAGCCGUGGAUACAGCGCUGGGUCCAGCCGUGGAUAUAGCGCUGGAUAUACAGCUGGACACGGACGGUCCCUGAGCGCUGGAUACGGCGGCGGAUCCAAGGGUGGUCAUGGAGGAUUCUCCGGCGGUGGUUACGGCAAAGGAUCCAGUUUUGGACACGGGAGGUCUCUGAGUGCUGGAUACGGCGGUGGAUCCAACAGCGGGCAUGUAGCAUUCUCCAGCAGUGGCUAUGGAAGUGGAUCAAGCUUUGGACACCGUAGUACCAGCGGACAUGGUGGAUUUUCCAGCGCUGGAUACGGAGGUGGAUCCAGCUUUGGACACCGCAGUAGCAGCGGACACGGUGGAGGAUACAGCACCGGAUCCUCCGGGAGGUCUCUGAGCGCUGGAUACGGUGGUGCAUCCAACGGUGGAUAUGGAGGCGGAUCCAAGGGUGGCCAUAGCGGAUUCUCCAGUCGGGGAUACGGAGGUGGAUCCAACCUUGGACAUCGCAGUAGCAGCAUGCACGGAGGAUUCUCCAGUGGUGGAUACGGAGGCAGGUCCAGCUAUGGACACGGACGGUCCCUAAGCGCUGGGUACAAUGGUGGAUCUAACCUUGGACACCGCAGAAGCAGUGGACACAGUGGGUUCUCCAGCGGCGGAUACGGUGGCGGAUCCCGUGGUGGCUACGGUGCUGGAUCCAGCCACGGACGCCGCAGUAGCGGGCACGGAGGUUUCUCCAGCGGUGGAUACGGUCACGGAGGCGGAUCCCGCGGCGGAUACGGAGGUGGAUCCCGCGGCGGAUACGGAGGUGGAUCCCGCGGCGGACACCGCGGCGGCUCACUCGGCUUCGGAGUGGUUUCACCAAGGGCAGGUCUUUCACCAGUGGAGGAUAUCGCCAGGGAGGACAUCGCUG